AUGAAUCAGACACAAUCAUACAUGGACGUACAUACGUCACACUUUUCCUCGCCUCAGCCCUACGGCUCGCAUGGAGCAACAGCUGGCGGAAUGGUGCCAUACUCGCAUUAUCAGCAGCCGCCGCCUCUUCUGCCACCUGGAUCUGCUGGUUACCCGUCGACACCGGGCUCCUAUUCUUAUCCAUACUCUAAUGGCGUUGCUUCAACCACACAGCCGGCAUCUAAUUCAAUUAGCAGCCAGGUCCCGGCUCAAAUACUGCCUCUGCCAGCUAUGACCAGCCAUACUGUAACACCACAUGGAUAUGUCAGCGGAGCAGCACAGUCCCAGCAGAACGCUGUCCACGAUCCAACUGGUCAGACUUGUCCGCCAGGAGCUAAGCCGAGAGUAACCGCAACCUUGUGGGAAGAUGAAGGCAGUCUCUGCUACCAGGUUGAGGCCAAGGGUGUAUGUGUGGCCCGACGUGAAGAUAACCACAUGAUCAAUGGUACCAAGUUGCUAAAUGUUGCUGGUAUGACCAGAGGCCGUCGCGAUGGCAUACUGAAAAGCGAAAAGGUUCGCCAUGUUGUGAAAAUCGGUCCAAUGCAUCUGAAGGGUGUAUGGAUCCCAUACGAGAGAGCCCUCGAUUUCGCCAACAAGGAGAAAAUCACGGACCUGCUCUACCCAUUAUUUGUUCACAACAUCGGUGGUCUUUUGUAUCACCCACAAAACUCUAACCGGACCAACAUGGUCGUUCACGAUUCGCAACAGCGUAGACUUGAGGGCAGCCAGAGUGCUCGAACCUCCCAAGGACCCCAGCCUCCUACACUUCAUCACCACCACUCAAUGAACGGUUCCGUUUCUGCUCACAUGCCACAAGCAUCGGCUUCUUCCGUCACCCCUCAAGCAAAUGGCCGGCCAGAUAUGAAUCGUGCUCAUACUUUCCCCACUCCUCCAGCUAGUGCAUCCAGCUUGAUCGGUAUCCCUAACCAAGGCAGCACUUACGAUUGGAACAACCAGAACAUGAGUUCUGCCGUCCAAACUUCUCAAAAUGUCCCUAUCGACAAUGGAAUGAACAAUACGAGGUCAAUGCCCACAACGCCGGCCACCACGCCACCAGGAAACAACCUUCAGGGCAUGCCGCCAUACCAGAACCAGCCCACUUAUGACAGCUCUAAGUCAUACUAUUCCGCAGCCCCCUCAACACAAGGUCAAUACGCUUCGCAGCCGCUACCUGCCCACUCUCUCACCUAUGGUCAGCCCAUUAUGAAGGAUCUUGGUUCUGGAAGACCGUCUCUUGGUUCUGUUGAACAGGAGCACGAUGAGGUCAAGGUUGACCGAUACAAUCAGCCAAAUGGUCAAGUCAACGGCACAGAGGAAGAGAACGGCCAACAGCAGGAGCCUGAGUAUGUACAAGACAAUGUCGCUGGUUCUUAUGCAAGCCGCAAUUCUUAUACAUACACUACCAAUCCCUCGGUAUCCUCGCUUGCUGGAGACCAUCAGCUAGGCGGGUCUCCCUCGCAUCAGAAUGGUAAUGAUAGGAUGACACCGCGUACUGCAGGCGCCAACCCACCACCGCAGUGGUCUCAGGGCUACAACACCCCUCCAAGGGUUGUACCAGCAGGUAGCAUUUCCAACAUUGUCAGCGACMCCCGGGGAGCMCCUGCCGGCGACUCAUACGCUCCCAGCACUGCAUAUGCAUCGAACUAUUCUGGCUAUUCGUCCGUGAAUGGGCCUUCUAUGGGAUCCACCAAAAGAAUGCGCGAUGAUGAAGAAGACCAUUUGUCGCGACCCGAUGGUCGUGAGAAUGAAUACGAGUCCAAGCGCCGCAAGACUUUGACGGAGCCCCCUGUUGGCGGCGCUUUCAUGCAAAUGCAGCAGCAGCCCGUUCCGGCAGGAGGAGUGAUGCGACGCCGCUGA